CCAUUUCAAUUUCCUUGAGUAUGUUACUGAUUGAAGAAACAAGUUAAUAGCCAAAUAAAUUAAACAUUCAGCUUCUUAUUACUUGUUAUAUAUUUACAUUUGUGAUUUAAAUUAUUACUAGAUAAAUUGUCAUGUAUACACAUGCUCAGUUGGGAAGAUCCUCAAGUAAUUUGAGUCAGUGGCUAAGUCCAAUGAAGUUCGUAGGUCGGAGCAAACUAGCAUAUAAUCAAUCUAGUCAAUUGCACUUUGAGGUGUCCUCUAAAUGAGCAUCAUUAUCAGUGAGAAUCAAUCAAGUAUCAUACAAUAUAAUGCUCCUGCUUGGCUAGUGACCUCCGUAGGGAAGGGCCACCUUGGCUGAAGGCACAUUUUCUAAAGCUGAUUGAUGCCAUGAGCAGUGACUGCCAUCAUCCAUCUGUAUUUGAAGAAACACUUGUAACAAUAUUAUUGCUCAGAUAUGGAUCAGAAGGCCUUAUUUUAUUGGCUCAAUUGUAGGUCAAGGAUUUGCUAAUGGCCCUUCAAAUUUGAAUUGAACCAACCCAGUCAAAUACAAAGUUUAGUUGGGGUAUUCCAGUCAUUUCUCUAUGUCAUCCGAAAUGAUUAGAUUUGUAGAUCUACGAGUUGGAGCUCUGGGGCUUUCAGAUGCCUUCAUUCUCUUGCUCUUACACACAACUUUUGCAUCUCCAGAUGCUCACCUGUUUGGUUUUAAUUACAAUUGUCGAUCCUUGAUAUUCGUGUUGCAUUGUCUAGCUAUUUUCCAGUGCAAAUGGCUACUAUCCCUCAACCGCUCAUCUGGGAGAUCGUGAAGAAGAACAAUUCUUUCCUUGUUAAGCAGUAUGGCAGUGGCACUAACAAGGUGGUGUUCAGUAGAGAGCCUAACAAUCUAUGCAACCUCCAUUCCUACAAGCACUCAGGCUUGGCGAACAAGAAGACUGUAACCAUUCUACCAGGAGAGAAGGACCUCAAUGUUGUCCUUGCCACUACCAAGACAAAGAAACAGAACAAGCCUGCAAGCUUGCACAAUAGAACAGAACUGAAAAAGGAAUUCUUCAAGAUGGCUAAAAUCGUCAAGAGUCAGAUUACAGAUAAUUACUACAGACCUGAUCUAACCAAAGCAGCUCUUGCACGCCUGAGUGUGGUUCAUCGCAGCCUUAAGGUUGCCAAGUUUGGUGUAAAAAAGAGGCAAGCUGCAAAAGCCAAGAACUAGGUGAACUAGGCCCAGGAAGGUGGCUGAUUGUCAUUUAGGUUUAAGUGAACUAUUUGUAUCCUGAGAAGAUGAGUGCUCAGUUUAGUGUCAAUUUUCAGUGUUUGAUUCUACAUUCUGUAUUUAAUGCAGUAAUGAAUUCCGUACUUUUUUUUAGAUCAAACUAACUUGGGUCAGAAUGGUUCUUUUAA